AUGCCCAAGCCUUCGCCGCGCAGUGGUCUGCGUCACCCACGGACGGGGACCGGCGACAGAGUUGGGGAAGGCCGAGGCAACUUCGACAGCAACGCCGCCCACCAGAGCAGUACGCCGAGUCAAACACCAGACAUGUGUGACGAGCAUGCCGUGGGGCGGCUGUCAGGGAUAGGCCUCCCCACACACCUGCGCACCGCCCCACCUUCCUUUGGGCCGGGAACUUUGGCCGGUGCCGGGGGCAGUGCGGAGUGGCCAGAACCGCUUGGCCGGGGCGCGGGGAAGCCGCUCAGGCGCUACAGCGACAGCUUCACCGGCCGGACCAGCGAGACGAUCCCGUUCUCCGCUGAGUCGCCGCGGAUGAGGCACAGCUCUGGAGCCUCCGCAUUCACCACUGCGCUGCCGCUGCCAGAGACGCCGCCGCUGCAGCGCGGCGGCUCCCAAAGCGAGGCAGGGGGCCUGGAGGCGUACCUCGCGGAGGAGAUGCCGCGGGGGCGUUUCAUCGUCGUCGACCUCCUCUCCACCUGGGGCGCCGUCCACGAGGUGGGGAUAAACGGCCUGGAAGUCUUCACCGAAGCUGGCGAGCGCGUCAUCCCGCCGCCGGAGUGCCUGCGACCGUCGUCGAGUCCGCCCCUCCGGGCAGCAGGGGCGGGUGACGGCAACGCGGCGCAGGAGCGAAGGCGGGCGGUGAACGGGUACUACACAGCGUCGUACACCACGCCGCAGCGUGGCCUCACCGUGAUGGUGGAGUACCCGUUCACCGCAGACGCCAAUAGCCCGGCGACGGUGGAUGCCGUUAGCAACGAGGGCCCCCGAAGCCGUGUGGCAAACCUCGUGAACGGGAUUCACAACACCCACGACGACACAAAGCUCUUU